AUGGGCAAUACCGCUACAAAAGACGUCUCUAGUAUGUCACGACCAGCAGUAGCUCCAGCCACUGAAGAGUCAGCAUCAGAUCCUUCAUUCCGUGUCCUCUCAGCCACUCAACGUGCUAUUACCUUCGAUGAACGGGUGCAUCUUCGCACAAAUACUAAAGCUCAUGCUGAUCAUGUAACGCUCGGUCUUGACGUCAUGUCGGACGAAUUUCGACCGUUACAACGUGCUGCGACCUUUGACCAUCGUCUACGUACCCAAAAGCAGCUCUUAACAGCAUCUGACGUGAUGCAUCGUCGCUAUUUUAAUGCACGUGAGCGACGUGUUAGUAAAAGUGCCGAUCGCAAUUUGUUUCGUAUCGCUGAGAGUGAUCGAGAACGUCAAGAGGCCAUUGUCAUUGUGGAUCCAUAUACUACAGGCAUGACGAUGGCUGAGAAGGUCUUGGAACGUGGAUAUCUUUGUAUCUGUGUCUAUUCCGACACACUUGAAGUGACACAGGAGCGUAUUGCACACGUACCAAACGACUUGGCUGCCAAGUUUCUAGCGAUUAUCUACCAUAAUGGAGAAGUAGAACGUGAAGAUGAGGAUCAAGCACUGGAGGACACGGCAGCAGCAGUGCGUCACGUCAAGAAUGUCGAUAUUAUCGGCAUCUUUGCUGGUGCUGAAACGGGCGUCUUGCUCGCUGAUAAACUGUCAGAGCACUUUAAGCUCACGACUAAUGGUACAAAAGGCUCAGCUGCUCGACGCAAUAAAUAUUUGAUGGGUGAGAAGGUCCGUGCAGCCGGAAUACGAGCUGUGGCUCAAGUACAAGCGACCAAAUGGUCACAGGUCGAGUCUUUUGUCAAUGACAGCCUUGUGCCGAUGCUUCAAGGCGGAGACUUUAAGGUUAUUGUAAAACCUGUGGACAGUGCGGGAAGUGACGAUGUCAUGCUGUGUCAGUCAAUGGAUGAAGUUCGUCUUGCUUUUGGAAACAUUCAAGGCAAGAUCAAUGGAUUGGGACUCGAGAAUCAAGCGACACUGGUGCAAGAGUAUUUAGACGGUAUUGAGUAUGUCGUGGAUACGGUUAGCCGCAAUGGCGUGACGAAGGUUGUGGCUUUGUGGGAGUAUGACAAGCGUGCGGUGAAUGACGCGCCGUUUGUAUACUAUGGCGUCUUGCUGCGGGCUGCUCCUGAUGGUUCUGUGUUGGCUAAGGUAUCCGAUUAUGUUCUGAAGGUGGUGGAUGCGCUGGAAAUCGUGCACGGACCUGCACAUGCGGAAGUCAAGGUAGUGAGAGGUGAACCGUGUCUUGUAGAAAUCGGCUCCCGCUGCCACGGUGGAUCUGGAUCGUAUCUGCCUAUUGUGACUCCCUGUCUUGGCUACAACCACGUGGACGCUGCAUUGGACUCGUAUCUGAACGCUGAAGCGUUUGAACGAUUGCCAGAGCGUCCGAAGGAGCUUAAAUCUUAUGGCUGCGAAGCAAUGCUCGUGUCGUAUGAGACUGGAAAGCUUGCGGGUUACCCAGGCAAGGAGGAACUAGAGAAACUACCGUCUACAGUGUCCACGGUGUGGUUUACGCAUAUUGGAGACGAGCUAAAAGCCACAGUCGACAUGUUUACGACGCCUGGCAGUGUCAUUAUGGUCCACGAAGACGAAGAGCAGCUGAAACGUGACUACGCACGCAUCCGCGAGCUGGAACACAAGGGUUUGUAUGCGCUAAAACCCAAAGAAAAAGCUGGUCAAGAGGGACCGCGUGGUUCUGUUGUGGUGGUAGACCCUUUCGCGACGGGGGCUGUGCUCGCACACGAGCUUAUGACUAGAGGGUACGAGUGCAUUUGCGUAUACAGCCAUGACCCAGAGGUUGUCAAGACCGCCGUAAAUUUGGUGCCAGAAGGACUUACGCUGGAGUUUGCGGCUACCGUUGCGUACGAGGGUAGUCUGGAUCAGACUGUCAGUGCCAUUCGCGAGGCUGCGAUGAAGAUUGCCGAGCGACACAAGAAGAAAAGUCACGGUGCAACAACAAAUACUUCGGUGUGUGCGGUGCUCGCUGGUGCGGAAAUAGGUGUCAAGCUGUCAGACGCUCUCACUGAUGCACUCGGGCUAAAGGGUAACCCCAUGGAGCAUUCGCACGCACGACGUGACAAGUAUCUUAUGGGUGAAACGCUGCGUACUGCCGGGCUACGUGCCUUAAGGCAGGUGAAGGCAAACACUUGGGCUGAGGCGGAGGCCUUCAUCAUGCAGGAUCUGAAGCCAGAGCCUUUCCAAGUAGUGCUUAGGCCGUUGGAGAGCGCGGGUACUAAAGACGUGGUGCUGUGCCUAUCGUUGGAAGAAGCUAAGCGAACCUUUGACGGUAUCCUAGGCAAGGUCAAUGGCCUUGGACUCCAGAAUGAUGCUGUUUUACUGCAAGAGUACCUGGAAGGCGACGAGUAUGUGGUUGAUACGGUUAGCCGCAACGGAGAGCACAAGGUGACCGCCAUUUGGAAGUAUGACAAGCGUCGCGUGAACGACGCUGCAUCCGUGUACUUUGGACUGUCAUUGGUGCCUGCCGAGGGUGUUGUGAACGAAGUGAUUGACUACCAGCUCCAAGUUCUCGACGUACUGGGCAUGUGCAAUGGCCCUGCACAUGGAGAAGUCAAGUUUUGUUGUGGCUCUCCAGUGCUAAUUGAUGUUGAUACCCGAUACCACGGGGGUGAGUGCGCUUGGGCGCCUCUCGCUAAUAUUUGCUUGGGAUACAACCAAGUUACUGCUGCCGUCGACAGCAUUUUGGAUGGCGAAGCUUUCGCCAAGCUGGCUGACAGGCCUAGGAAGCUGCUUGCGCACGGUUAUGUGGCCUUGCUAGUGUCGUACAAAAAUGGCGUCUUGAAGAGCAUGCCAGGCAUCGCGAUGAUUGAAAAGAUGCCAGCUUUUCUUAAGAAGGCGAUUUUUGUCGCACCGGGAGACAAUAUGCGUCAGACAGUGGAUAUGUUCACAACGCCAGGUAGCAUUAUGCUUACGCACAAGGACCGUGACGUGCUCGAGCAAAGUCUUGCUCGUAUUCGCGAACUCGAGGUUGAGGGACUUUUCGAGCUGGAGUAG